CUCUACCACUUGGUUCUGUAUUCUAUAACUCUACUACGAACUCUACUGGCUCUACUAUCUACCGUGCGUCUGCCUGUACUUCGUUGCGCGUCUCUUCGACCAGCGGCUUUUAGUUCGUGGUAGGCGGUUCUGGCGCAGCGCUGGUAACACCUGCACUGCCGAGACAACUCCUUCGCAAUGGACACACCACAAGCUCUUCUUCGGCGGCUAGGCGCAGGCCAACACCCGGCACGGCCAGUACUGACCCGCUCGCCAAAUCCAUGGUUGUCGCACUUGUCGAGGGACGUGGACUGGCCAGAGGCGAGAUCGGCAUGGCAUCGUUUGACAUCAAAAACCCGGAGUUGGUCUUGGCGCAGUUCCCGGACAACAGGAUGUACACCAACACCCUCAUGAGGCUCCAGGUGCUCGACCCUCACGAGAUCCUCCUGCCCAAGACGGUGUUUGAGGCCAACUCCAUGCCCCAGCUCAUGAGUCAGCUGAAGCUGGAGAUGCCAUCCAUCACCGUCACCAGCCUGGCUCGCAAGCUGUUCAACGAAAACCUGGGCAUCCAAUACGUCAGGCAGCUCUGCGUGCCCGAGUACAGUUCAGUCGAGACUGAAGUCGUCAACAAGUACUAUGCCCUGUCUGCCACGGCUGCGCUUAUCCACUACGUGGAAGUGAUGCAGAAUGUUGCUUGCACGGCUCACUCCAUCAAAGUCAUCUUCAGUACCGGCGAGGGAGUCGCUAGAAUCGACUCAACCACAAUGCACGACCUGGAGCUACUGACCAACACCGUGGAUCCCAGGAGCUCGGUGUCGUUGUUUGGUGUGCUGAACCACGCCAAGACACCAGGCGGGUCGCGGCUGAUGCGGGUGAACAUGCUGCAACCUCCACGCGACCUGGACACCAUCGUGCAGCGCCAGAAAGCCGUGCAGCAGAUUCUUGACAGCGAGGAGUUUUUCUACAGCUUCCAGUUUUUGCUGGCCAAGUUUGCGGACAUGGAGACGCUCCUGGCAGCUCUGGUGCAGGUGCCGCGUGUCGAGACCCUGCGCACCAUGGAGGCGGCCGUGCACAACUGCGUCUGCAUCAAGCACAUCCUCGAGCAUGUCGAGCCACUGCGCAUCGUGCUGGAAAAGUGCCAGGACACCCUGCUGGGGACGUAUGCAUCGUACAUCACCGACGUCCGGUAUGGCCAAAUGCAUGAAAGCAUCUGCACAGUGAUAAGGGAAGACGUCGUUUACCAGAAGGGCAUAUGGAACAGGGUCCUCCAGCUCUGCUUCAGCAUAAAGCCCGAUGUCAACGGCCUUCUCGACAUCGCCCGGAGAACGUACUCAGAAGUGCAAGAUGAUAUUCAUGAGAUGGUCGAGAAAGACAUGGCGCUGGAAUGCGCGCUGCCGCUCAGGGUGGCCUACUCCCAGCUUCGUGGCUUCUACAUCCAGAUGAACUACACUGGGAGCAUUCCCGAGCUGCCCGACAAGUUCAUCAAGGUUUCACUCACAAAGACGACCAUCUCGUUCACCACCGACAGUCUGGUGGGUUUGAAAACAUGGACAUAUCGCAUCUCAAGAUUGCGCUUAGGCCAGAAGAGCCAAUUUGAUGCACCCACACGGCUCACUAAUAAGCUCUUAGUUGCUGAAGUCUGCAAAUUUUUUGUUCUUUCUUUUCGUGCCUUGCUGUUGCUGCAAAUUCCUGUGACCAAGAUCAAGAUGAAUGACAGAGCUAGAGAGGCCAUGCACGAAAUUGCCCGCCUAAGCUCGAGUGUCCUGAGCUCUGUCCUCCACAAUGUUGUCUUGAACAUUGGCUGUCUCUACAAGCUUGCCGAGGUGGUCUCCAAUGUCGACUUCCUCCUUUCGCUGGCAGAAGCCUGCACACUGUCGGACUACGUUCGCCCGGAGUUCACUGACACCCUGUGCAUUGUUGAGGGUCGUCACCCUGUGCUGGAGAAAGUGGGCAUGCGUACUUUCAUCCCAAAUGACUCAUUCGCAAGCUCACACCACAACUGCAAUGUCAUCACCGGGCCAAACAUGAGCGGAAAGUCGACCUACCUGAAGCAGGUGGCAGCUCUGCAAGUGAUGGCCCAGCUGGGAUCCUUUGUGCCGGCCAAGUACGCAUCGUUUCGUAUCGCUGACCAAAUCUUCGCGCGCACAGGACACCGAGACGACAUCGAGACCAACUGCUCCACUUUCCUUAUGGAGAUGCGGGAAAUCAACUACAUUCUGCAGAACUUCACCGACGCAUCUCUCAUCAUCAUUGACGAGCUCGGACGAGGUACCAGCGAAGAGGAAGGUUCGGCGAUGUGCGUUGCAAUAACUGAGAAGCUGAUCAACUCCGAUGCUUUUGUGAUUAUCGCCACUCACUUUGACCUGAUGACCCAGCUGGAGUCCAUGUACCCGAACGUCAUAAACUACCACAUGGAAGUGGAGACUGAGGCAGAAGGCGAGGACAGUUCCGACGCCAGCGCCAGGAGACUGCGGUACACGCACAGGCUGGCCAGGGGAACGUGCUCCGAGCCUAACUACGGUCUGAAGCUGGCUGAGAUCUCCCAUACGCCCAGCGAUGUCCUGACAAGAGCCUACGAAGUGUCCAACCAAAUUUCAGCCAGUCUCUCUGAGAACGAAAACAGUCCACUUUUCGAAGACGACGUGGAGAGGAAGCUGCGCAGAGCUGAGAUCGAGCUCGCCGGCACGCUGAGGGUCCUCGCGCUGCACUCGAAGAUGGAAGGCGAAGAGUUGAGGCUUCGACUCCUCGAGGAACAGCGGAAGGCACGGGCUCUGGCAGACUACCGCCGGUCCCUAGCCGAAGUGGACCAAGAAUGACUCGCACUUCUAAACAUCCAAGUCAUUAUUUUUCCGUUUUAACUGUUGCUCAGCUGCCAUAAUAAAACUUGUGGUACGCAUU